AUGUCGACAGACUGCGACAGUACUGCCCUCGCAGCUGCCCAGUAUGGCGACGAGAAAAUGAGCAUAUGCAUUUAUCGCGAUAGCUUAAAGCUCAAAACGGAAGAAGAUUUUUUUGCCUGCGAUAGGCAGUACGUUUGCGGAAACUACGCGCCGGUGCCUGUUGUCAUCAGCAAAGGUAAAGGUGCUCGCGUCUGGGAUAUCAACGGAAAGGAGUACUAUGACUUUCUCGCCGGUGUCUCCAGCCUCAGUCAAGGGCAUUGCCACCCCCGCGUCACAGCGGCACUCUGCCGACAGGCGGAGCAGUUGACUCUCACCCUGCGGUCUUUUGGAAAUGACGUUACCGGACCAGCAUGCAGGUUCAUGGCGGAGAUGUUUGGUUACGACCGUGUCCUCCUCAUGAAUACAGGUGCCGAGGCUGGUGAAUCUGCUAUCAAAAUCGCGCGCAAGUGGGCUUACGAAGUGAAAGGAGUUCCACAAGAGUCUGCCAAAAUCAUUUUAUGCAACAACAACUACUGGGGGAGGACAAUCACCGCGUGCAGUUCAUCUACCACAUUCGAUUGCUACAAUAACUUUGGCCCGUUCACCCCAGGAUUCGAACUCAUUAAUUAUGAUGACAUAGAUGCUCUGGAAGGAGCUCUCAAAGAUCCCAAUGUUGCUGCUUUCUUUGUUGAGCCCAUCCAAGGAGAGGGUGGUGUGAAUGUCCCUAAGAAGGGCUAUUUGAAGCGCGCACACGAGCUAUGCAAAAGCAAGGAUGUACUCCUUAUCGUUGAUGAAAUCCAAACUGGGCUGUGUCGAACAGGCCGGCUCCUUGCGGCAGACCACGAUGAAGUACAUCCGGACAUUUUGCUGCUGGGCAAGAGCUUGAGUGCCGGCGUCGUGCCGAUCAGUGCAGUCAUGGGCCGCGCUGACGUCAUGGACGUGCUCAAGCCAGGAACCCAUGGCAGCACUUUCGGAGGCAACCCACUGGCAUGUGCCGUGGCUGUUGAGGCCCUGACCGUACUUAAAGAUGAGAAACUCGCUGACAGAGCUGAAAGGCUUGGUAAUGAGUUUCGGGAUUGUCUCACAAAGCAGCUCGACGGGAAGGUGCCGUGGAUCAAGGAAAUCCGAGGACGAGGUCUACUAAAUGCUGUAGAAGUUGACUCCGAUAUCAUUGAUCCGAACGACGUUGUAACGAAGCUUAAGGAAAACGGCAUUUUGACCAAGCCGACAAGGGUGAAGGUCCUGCGAUUUAUUCCUCCGUUGGUAAUCACGGAUGAGGAGCAUCGGGAUGCAACUGCCCGAAUCAUAGAGACUCUUCUUGCAGUCGAGGAACAACGCAAGAAGUGA